GCCCGAUCUUAACAGACCUUCUGAUCAUCCAACGGCCGUGACAAAACCAUAAACUUAAUAUCCUUCGAAGAAAAUACCCAUCUCCUCCUUCAAGACCUUGGUUAUAUCUACCAAAGUAAAAACACCAAACAGCAAAGAAUCAGAAGAAAAAAAAAAGGCCAAAGGAAGAUGAAGAGGUGGUUCGAUCCAUGGCCUGUGUUCUUCAAGAGAGAGUUCAAUCGCACUUGGCCUUUCCUUGUUGGCUUCGCCGUCACUGGAACCAUCAUCACCAAGUUCUCCCUUGGUCUAACCGAGGAAGAUGCUAAGAACUCUCCCUUUGCUCAGAAGCACAAGAGAUCUGAGGAUCGUGUUUACACUUUGAAGGGCUACUGGUUCCCCCCACCCCUGCUAAUUGGAAUAAUUUCCAUUUCAAAUGUAGCAAUGUUUCAAAAUUGUAGAAGCUACUGGGUUGUGUUCGAUUUUGACGUACGAAACAUUGAAAAAUUGAAGUCUUUCAUUGUUUGUGAUGCUUUUGAUGUUUGAAAAUGGAAACAUUUUUUUUCAUUGUGUAAGCAAAACUGUAUUGAAAAAAAGCACAAUGAACUGUAAGAGUUUAAUUCAAUUUACUUGUGGGAUACGUGUCAA